UCGCCGAGCCCCACUGGAGCCCGACAUCUCUGUGCUGAUCUCCAGCAAAACCACCCCCAUUUUCACGAUCAUCUGAUACACAUUGCAUCCCUAUAAUCUGAAAGCCCCCCAAAAAAAACAGCUGCCACAAUGGCCGACAACAAGCAGGACAUCACCAAGCCUCUGCUGUUCGAGAUCGCGUGGGAGGUCGCCAACAAAGUCGGCGGAAUCUACACGGUCAUCAAGUCAAAGGCGCCAGUAACAUGUAACGAAUACGGCGACCGCUACUGUCUCAUCGGGCCUUUGUCCUACAAGACCGCCCCGAUGGAAGUCGAGGCGGUCGACAAGCCGCAAUCCGAGGCCAUGAGAGUGACCCUGGAAAACUUGACGGCACGCGGCGUCAAGUUCCUCUACGGCCGCUGGCUGAUAGAAGGCGCCCCCUACGUUCUGUUGUUGGAUGUCAGCAGCGCGUACCACAGGAUGAAUGAGUGGAAGAGCGAUCUCUGGACCACGGCGGGGAUUCCUAGCCCACCGAACGACAGGGAGACGAACGAGGCUAUUGUUUUCGGAUACCUUGUUGCAUGGUUUUUGGGAGAGUUCCAACACCAACAACAACAUCAUGCCUCUCUGCCCGCGUCCGAGGUCAACGAGAAACGCCCCGCGAACACAAGACCCGCAGUCAUCGCCCACUUCCACGAAUGGUUGGCGGGCGUCGCCCUCGUUUUGUUGCGAAAACGGAAUAUGAACAUCGCCACCAUCUUUACCACCCACGCUACCCUGCUGGGACGAUACCUUUGCGCUGGUGAUGUUGAUUUCUACAACAACCUGAAGUUCUUUGACUGCGACGCUGAGGCUGGCAGAAGAGGAAUCUACCACCGUUACUGCAUUGAGCGAGCUGCGGCGCAUUGCGCGGACGUCUUUACGACAGUGAGUCACAUCACUGCUUAUGAGGCUGAAUGGCUGCUGAAGCGAAAGCCAGACGGCGUCACUCCCAACGGUUUGAACGUGGUCAAGUUCAGUGCCCUCCAUGAGUUCCAGAACUUGCACGCCAAGGCCAAGGAAAAGAUUCACGAGUUCACCCGCGGUCACUUCUACGGCUAUAACGACUUUGAUCUGGACAACACGUUGUACUUUUUCACCGCCGGCCGUUAUGAGUUCCGCAACAAGGGAGUGGAUAUGUUUAUUGAAUCUAUGGCUCGCUUGAACGCACAACUCAAGCACAUCAACUCGCCCAUCACGGUCGUAGCCUUUAUCAUUAUGCCUGCGAGCACACACAGCUUCACUGUGGAUGCAUUGAAGGGACAGGCUGUGAUGAAGCAGUUGAAGGAUUCCGUGACUGAGAUCCAGAACUCGAUUGGACAGCGCAUCUUUGAGAAUGCUGCAAGAGGAAAGAUUCCGGACUCCUCCCUCCUAGUCACCGACCAAGACUUUGUCCUCCUCAAGAGGCGCAUCUUUGCCCUCAAGCGCGACACUUUACCCCCCAUCGUGACGCACAACAUGGCGGACGACGCGACCGACCCAAUCUUGCACCAGAUGCGUCAGGUCAAGCUGUUCAAUGCGCCGGAGGACAGGGUUAAGAUGAUCUUCCACCCCGAAUUCUUGAGCUCCAACAACCCGCUUUUGGGGAUGGAUUAUGAGGAGUUUGUUAGAGGGUGCCAUUUGGGAGUUUUCCCUAGUUACUACGAGCCAUGGGGAUACACUCCUGCCGAGUGCACGGUCAUGGGCGUACCCUCCAUCACGACCAACCUCUCCGGCUUCGGCUGCUUCAUGGACGAGAUGAUCUCGCACCCGCCAGACUACGGCAUCUAUAUCGUGGACCGUCGCCUGAAAUCCAUCGAAGAGUCCUGCCAACAGCUCGCAGACUGCAUGAUGGAGUUCUGUCAAAAGUCCCGCCGCCAACGCAUCAACCAACGCAACCGCACCGAACGCCUGUCGGACCUCCUCGACUGGAAACGCAUGGGCCUCGAGUACGUCAAGGCGCGCUGGGUCGCCGUCCGCCGUAAAUGGCCCGACGCCGUCGCCGCCUACGAGAACUCGCACCACACGGAAUCCGACCAGGAUGAGUACGGGCACGGGAACCGGACCGGCGAGUUGCAGUACGGGUACGAGAGCGACGCGAACCCCUCGGGUCUCCAACGCGACGAUUUGACCAAUCUGAAGUACCACCAAAAAGUGCCCCGCCCCGCCUCGGCCCCCGGCAGCCCACGCAUUCGUGAACACUUCCAUGACGAGGACGACGGCACCGCGGGCCUGUUUGAGGGAACCGAUGGCGAGCGGCUGGAUGCCGCCGGGCUUAUCGAGGGGUUGAAGGCGUUGGGAGUGCGUGGGACCUCGGCGAGCUACAUUCCCCCGGAGGGCGAUCGGGUCUCGUCCAACGAGGCAUUGAACGCUAAUGACCAUGGACGGAAGUAGUUGAACAUUCUCCCCGGUCCUGCUUGCGUUGGUCUCCCCCCGCCUGGUAGCUAGCUAGCUACAUUGCUUAUUGUUGUCUCGACCCACCUACUUUUGUUGCCGAUUUUCCCCCCCUUCUGCACCGCUGAUUCGCAUUCCCCCGGUUAU